AUGCCCAAAGCACACAAGAAGACGAGGAAGCUGCCUGUGACUACCAGCGGUCCCCGACAGCCGCACACAACAGUCUCGUCCGCGUCGUCUAGCAGGCCGACAGCGACGCGCACUGUCAUCCGCCGUUUUCAUGUCCUAAUCAAACGGCGGGCGCAACUGGAGAAGGCUAUCCAACGAGGAGACGCAGUUGUGGACGGAGUUGAGCCUCGUGCAGCGCUCCGGGAUGUCGAGCGGGAAAUCGAGGAGCUGGGUGGGCUAGGAGCAUACCAACGGAUGUCCAGCAUUGGCCAGGGCAGCGACCGGGGUGGAGGGAGUGAGAAGGUCUUGAUUGAAUGGCUCAAAGAGCUCGGCGUGCAUAGAACGGCAAGAGAGUCCAAGAAGAAGCUGCAACUACUCGAAGUGGGAGCUCUCUUACCGGACAACUACGAGUCUUGUGCGAAUUGGAUUGAAAACACACCUAUUGACCUCCGCUCGCGGCACCCGUCUAUCAGAGAGCAGGACUUCCUCCUCAUGGACGAAACCGAGAAUCGGGAGAAGUGGGACAUCAUCAGUCUCAGUCUGGUGCUCAACUUCGCUCCGGAUUCUCGAGACCGAGGAAGAAUGCUUCGACUGGCCCACUCCAUGCUCCUCGAGGAUGGUCUCCUGUUUCUCGCGCUUCCCUUACCUUGCAUACUCAACUCCCGCUACCUCACCCCGGAGCACCUAGACGGUUUGCUCCAAACCAUCGGUCUGUCGAUCAUCAAGAGCCGAUGGAAGGAAGGCGGCAAGAUGGCAUACUGGCUCCUGCGCAAGUCAGCUGCGAUAGCACCGACGACCGCUACCAGCACGACCAUGUAUCAGAAGAAGACUGAGCUGCGGAAGGGCAAGAGGAAUAACUUUGCCAUCCUCCUGAGAUAG